UAAAUACAUAAAUAAAUAAUAUAUAUAUAUAUAUAUAUUAUAAUUUAGCCGUUCUCCCACGCAGUGUGGAAAUUGGAAACUUUUUCUUUGGCCCAGUCAACAUUUGGCCCACUUUCACUAAAAAAAGCUCUGCUUGUCUUCCUCCUCCGCUUCCUCUCCCUCUUCUUCUUCAAAAUUAGGGGAUAAUUAGGGUUAGGGUUAGGGUUUCUUCGUCGAUGAAGCAUAGCUCCUAGCUUCAACCAUGUCGUCGGCCAUGGCGUCCCUCACAUCGCCGGCGCCAGACCCUCCCUUCGAGCCCUCGGCGUGGUAUGGCAACAUCCAGUAUUUGCUCAACAUCUCCAUAGCCGGCGCUGCCUCCUGCCUCCUCCUCUUCCUCCUCGUCAAGCUCCGCAGUGACCACCGCCUCGUCCCUGGACCCUCCGCCCUCUUUUCCAAGCUCCUUGCCGUCUAUCAUGCGACCUUCUCCCAGAUCGCCCUCCACUGCGGCGCUGACGCCUCCCAGUUCCUCCUCAUCGAGCGAUCCUCCUUCUCGAUUCUUCUCUUCGUCUCUCUCGCCGCCCUCUUCUUCGCGCUCCCUCUCAACCUCCUUGCCCCUGCUCCCAUCUCCGACCUCUUCGCGGCCACCACUAUCUCGCACGUUCCCCCAGGCUCCCCUCUUCUCUGGCUUCACUUCGCUCUCAUGGUUCUUGUUGUUGCUCUCGCCCACUUCGGCCUCUCCAAGAUGGAGAACGAUCUCCGAAUCACCCGCUUCCGCGAUGGCAGCGGCAACCCUAGCGAUCCCAGCUCCAAUUCCGUCGCGAUCUUUACGAUCAUGGUGCAGGGCGUCCCCAAAGCCCUCGCCGCUGAUAAAUCUCCAUUGGAGGAGUAUUUCAAGCAUCGUUAUCCUGGCAUGGUCUACCGCGUCAUCGUCCCCUUCGAUCUUUGCUCCCUGGAAGAGCUUUCUAUCAAGUGGGUCGAGGUUCAGAACAAGAUUUGUCGGCUUGAAGCUCGCUUGGAUGCCUCUGAGAGCUUUCCAGAUGGAGGUCCUGGUGUUGGUGAUGAGAACCAGGUUUUAAGAAGAUUGAAAGAUGCCUGGGCAAUGGCUUGCACUAGGUUGGGAUUUACUGAUGAAGAGCGCUUGAGAAAGCUGCUGAAUUUGAGGUUGUUUCUGAAGAACAGGUUGUUGGAUUACAAGGAAGGCCGAGCUCCGGGCGCUGGGAUUGCAUUUGUGGUGCUUAAGGAUGUAUACACGACGAACAAGGCUGUGAGAGAUUUCCGUGUGGAAAGGAAGAAGAAGCCAGUUGGGCGGUUUUUCCCUUUGAUGGAGCUUCAGCUAGAGAGAAGCCGGUGGAGAGUGGAACGAGCUCCAGCGGCUUCAGACAUAUACUGGAAUCACUUGGGCUUUAGCAAACUCUCUUUGAGGCUUCGGAGGAUUGCGGUGAACUCUUGCCUUUUAUUAAUGCUUUUGUUCUGUAGUUCUCCUCUGGCAGUGAUAACUGGCAUAAAGAGUGCUGCCAGGAUUAUUAAUGCUGAAGCCAUGGAUAAUGCGCAGCAGUGGUUAGCUUGGUUUGAAGGCUCCAGCUGGUUUGGUGCCUUGGUUCUUCAAUUCUUUCCCAAUUUCCUUAUAUUUGUAAGCAUGUAUAUAAUCAUACCAUCUGUUCUCUCGUAUCUUUCCAAGUUUGAAAGGCAUCUUACUGUUUCCGGGGAACAGCGGGCUGCCUUGCUUAAGAUGGUUUGCUUUUUCCUGGUGAAUCUCAUCAUUUUGCGUGGCUUAGUUGAGUCCACGCUUGAGAGUGCAAUACUUAAGAUGGGAAGGUGUUACUUGGACGGUGCAGAUUGUCAGCGGAUUGAGCAGUAUAUGAGCCCAUCCUUUCUGACCAGAUCUUGCCUCUCUACACUUGCGUUUCUGAUCACGUGCACUUUUCUUGGGAUUUCAUUUGAUUUGUUGGCUCCGAUACCUUGGAUAAAGAAGACAUUGAGGAAGUUUCGGAAAAAUGACAUGAUACAGUUAGUGCCAGAGCAGAAUGAGGAUUACUCUGCAGACCAUAACAAUGACGAGAAUAACUUACGGAUGCCUCUUGUACCUGGGACGGAUGAUAGCCCACGAUCGAAUGGUGUUGAGGGACAUGAUCUUUCUAUAUACCCAAUAAAUAGGAGUUUCCAUAUUCCAAAGCAGAAGUUUGAUUUCGCUCAAUACUAUGCUUUCAAUCUCACCAUAUUUGGGCUCACCAUGAUUUACUCAUUGUUCGCACCACUUGUGGUACCUGUUGGUGCUUUCUACUUCGGCUAUCGAUAUAUGGUCGACAAGUACAACUUCUUGUUUGUGUACAGAGUUCGGGGAUUCCCUGCGGGCAAUGAUGGAAAGCUAAUGGAUAGGGUCUUGUGUAUCAUGCACUUUUGCGUGGUCUUGUUUCUCAUGUCAAUGCUGCUGUUCUUCUCGGUUCAAGGAGACUCUACAAAGUUGCAGGCCAUUUUUACCCUUGGAUUGUUAUUCUUUUAUAAAGUAUUUCCAUCUAGAAAUGAUGGGUUUCAGCCUUCUAUCUUGGAAGGGAUGCAAACAGUUAAUAGCUUUGUUGACGGGCCCACUGAAUAUGAGGUUUUCUCACAACCUGAUUUUGAUUGGGAUAUCUAUCAAAUAUGAAGCAAGAUCUAGACUACAUCAAGCUUAUUGUGGUACAUGUUCACGCUUACAAGGAUGUUUGAAUUGGUACGUACCACAAUGGGAAGGUUCUCUAGUUCCAAUAGGUUGUGUUUUAGCGGGCAUAUGGUUAUACAAAUGCUUAUUUUCUCAAACUAGAAGGAAUGUAGUUUGUUUUGUAAACUAUGGCUCAGAUUUGAAAUUAGAAAAAAUUGUGCUAUUUUGUAGAUUGUCAACAUAAUUAAUUAAACUGAAAUUUUGUAUUUGAGGAUUUGCUUUGGGCGUAGUUUGCUUUA